UUAACCGAUUGCUAAGUAACACCGUCCGUCCACGAAGGUCUAACAUCGUCUUACCGUUUGUUGAUAUAAAGGAGCUGAGCUACUCAGUCGCCACAGUGGCGUAACUGACAUUAAUUGUUCAACUUGUCUUGUUUUUAAUAUGGAGUUACGAUCUUUUUUGUGUUGUGCAGUUCUUUUGAUCGUCUUCUGUUUCGGGAAUGGACACGCUAAGCUUGCUCCUGACUACAUCCACCCAUGCAACGAUACAACUAGCGAAUGCCUUGUGGAAGCUACACAGUUUGCUCUCCCUGAAUUUGUAAAGGGUAUUCCAGAACUCGGUGUUCCGUCUUUGGACCCUUUUACGAUAGACCAGCUGGCCAUACCUUUGAGCGGGCUGAAGGUGACCUUUUAUAAAGGAAAAGUUUCUGGCUUUAGAAAAUGCAUCGUCGACAAUGUAAUAUCACAAUUAGAGAAACGUUACUUCGGUCUGGAGUUCCACUGUAACCUGACGAUCAAAGGCCAAUACGGGGCCGUUGGGAAAAUAUUGCUGUUUCCCAUCAACGGCGAGGGGGAUGCGAAGGUUAAAUUGACAAACCUCCGAAUGAAAGUGGACAUCAACACGAAGUACGUGAAAGACGAGAACGCCGUGAACCACUUCGCCGUGAGAAACUACAAGUACUCCUUUGAUUACGGUGACCGAGUGUCAUUUGACCUGAAGAACCUCUUCAAGGGCAGCAAGGAACUGAGUGACACAGUACUAGCAUUCCUGAACGACAACUGGAGGACAGUGGCCGAGGAGUUCGGGAAGCCGAUCGUAGAUUACGCUGUUGACCUGGCCAUCAGAACCAUCGAGAAGUUCUUCGAGAAGGUCCCGUACGAGGAGUUGGUCAACGUGCCCAUCCCCCAAUAAAUUGACUGUUAAGUUAUGUAUUAUGUUAAGUAGCACAUUAAACAAAUCGGUAUUAUUAUUUUUA